CAGGAAGCCGCCUCCGGCACGGGGAGACACCGAGGGGCGGCAGCUCGUAGGGUGACAGCGCUUAGCCGCCUCCGUCGCGGCAGAGCGAGCACCGUUGGCGGCCGCCAGCCCUCCUGCCGCCGCCAUGGGCUCCCCGCAGCGCCCGCCGCUCGCCCACGUCUUCAGGGGGACCUUCGUACAUUCCAGUCUCUCCUCGCCCAUGGAGGUCCUCCACGGACACCUGCUGGGGGUGGACGACAGCGGGGUGAUUGUGUUUUUGGAACAAACUGAUCAACAAGAGGAACUAUCUAAGAAAUGGGGUUUCAAAACAUCUGACAUAAGAGAACUGAGUAACCAUGAAUUCUUCAUGCCAGGAAUGGUUGAUACACACAUUCAUGCUCCUCAGUAUUCAUUUGCUGGUACCAGAGUAGAUCUACCUCUUUUGCAGUGGCUAACUACCUAUACAUUCCCAACAGAAGCCAAAUACAAAGACAGUGAUUUUGCAGAAGAGGUGUAUACCAGAGUUGUUAGACGCACUCUAAAGAAUGGCACGACUACAGCUUGCUACUUUGCAACACUUUACACAGAUACUUCUCUUCUUCUUGCUGACAUUAUAGAUAAAUUUGGUCAACGAGCAUUUGUUGGAAAAGUCUGCAUGGAUAUGAAUGACAGCGUGCCAGAGUACAAAGAGAUUACUGCUGAUGCUAUUCAAGAGACAGAGAGGUUUGUUAAAGAACUACUGGAAAGGAAAUAUCCAAGGGUACAGCCUGUAAUAACUCCCCGCUUUGGCCCUUCCUGCACGGAGGAUUUGCUGUGUGCACUUGGUGAUUUAGCACAGGCUCGUGAUCUCCAUGUGCAGAGUCACAUAAGUGAGAAUGAAGAAGAACUGAAACUUGUGGAGAAUAUGUUUCCUGCCUACCAGAACUACACUGAGUUGUAUGAUAAAAACAAGCUGCUUACCAGCAAGACAGUGAUGGCUCAUGCUUGUUAUCUUUCUGAGGAAGAGCUGAAACUUUUUAGUCUUCGUGGAGCUGCUAUUUCACAUUGCCCCAAUUCAAAUUUCUCACUGCGCAGUGGUGUCUUAAAUGUGCAAAAGGUCCUGAAACACAAUGUGAAGCUUGGCCUUGGCACAGACGUUGCUGGUGGAUAUUCAGCUUCAAUGCUUGAUGCUAUCAGGAAAACAAUGAUGGCAUCUAAUAGCCUUCAGAUCAAUAAAGUGAACGAAACAGGACUAACUCUUGAAGAAGCUUUUCGACUAGCCACUCUAGGAGGAAGCCAAGCUUUAGGACUGGACGAUGUGAUUGGAAACUUUGAGGUUGGCAAAGAAUUUGAUGCACUGCUAAUCAAUACAAAAGCUUCAGACAGCGCUUUUGACUUGUUUUCUGCUGAUAAUUUUGAGGACAUUCUCCAAAAGUUCCUAUAUCUAGGUGAUGAUCGGAAUAUUUCUGAAGUGUAUGUGGCCGGAAAGCAAGUGGUUCCUUUUUCAAGUUCAGUAUAAGUCUGUUUCCUUUUUUUGCAAAAUAUUCUGCUGAUUGUUUGGCAUCUGAUUUGAAAAAGAUUGAUUAAAUGCAGUGCCUGAUCAUCAGGAAUGACACCUCAUUUUUGUUUAACGUUUUAAAACUUGCAAACAUGGAAAGUUUUGUCAUACCUUUCAAGAAUUACUUUACCAGAAUUGUCACAGUUCUAGAUGAAAUGGAUCCUUAAAUUCUUCUGUGAAAAUAAUGUGUGUGCAUUGAUAAAGGUUUUUUUUUUUAAUUCCUUUAUUAAAGAGGACACCCACUGUUCCUUAUAAUAACAGCAUGGGAAGCAUUAACAGAAGCAACAAGACUCUCAUUGUCUUUAAUGCAUCUAACUUUUAACAGAGCCAGUGCUGGUAAAUGGAUUUUCCAGAUAAUGAAUAUCAUGGAAGAAAGAAAUUUCUGUAAUACUCUCAUCAAGUGUGGAAAAAUCAGUGACCCUUUGAGGCAUUUAGAACAUUAUUUUUCAGUUUCCUUUGGGAGCUUUAUUUAAAAAAAAAGAAAAGUAAGUAAUAAUUUAAAUUCAGAUUUGUCAUUCCUAGUCAGUAAAGAACUGAUGGAAGAACCAAAUAAGAGACACUGGUAGUAGUCAGAGCAUGAUGGACUAGGAGAGCAGAAUUGCUGCAUUGUUCUGUGAUUCUGUCAACUGAACUGUAUUUUCAGAGAAUUUUUUCCUAGGUUUAGAAAUGGUUAGCCCAAUCUACCAUCUGAGCAUGCUACUCAGUGGCGAAAAAAGGAAGAAGUUUUUCUGGAGUAGAGGGAGUACAGAACCUUCCCAAGCUCAUUUGCUCCCAGCUAUUUAGACAGGAUGAUAUGAUGUCUAUUCUCCUUUCUGAGAGGGAAACAAGUGGGCUUAAAAGAAAAUCCAAGACAAACGGGCUAUUUCUGGACAUUACCACCCUUGGCCUGAGGUAAAAAUUAUCGCUGGAAAAAGCAGCUCAAAUGCAAUGUGGUCUUUUGUGCCUUUCAACGUGGCAACCCUAAUUACAGCCCUAUACAACUGCAGGUAAAAAACUUUGCCCUUUUUGUUUUGGAAGUCUGUGUGGCUCCCUUCCUUUCUUAAAAUGCAUAUUGCUUUUUUGUCAGAGAUUUCUGCCUCUUUUUUUUUUCUUUCUUUUAUUUAUAUUAUAGUUUGAAGAGGGGAUUUCUUAGUGUUAUUUUAUUAUGUUUUGCAACAUAAAGCAUGUAAGAAGAAUGUAAGCUCCAAUUUCAGUGUCAUUAGAAACAAUUUUGUGCUGUUAGUACAAAUGUAUUAAGUAUGGUUUUAAGAUCUGCCUCAAACUUCUUUGAUUACACUGAGCUUUCUUUCCACACUUUUAUCUAAUUGCCUGGUGAUAUGAAGACACGGGACUUCCAUCUAUUCACAAAACAAGGGAGGUCACUGCACCAAAGUCUCACUUUGUGUCUGCUUCCAAAACAGUGCUUUGUUCAACUGUCUGAUUUUAAAUUAAGCAUUUUCAGAGCUUAUGUCUUUUUAAAGUUACAUGCAUGUGAGACAGUAUGUUGUCAAGCAGAAAUGUAUAAGCUCCAAUGCUUAAAGCAGUACAGUCUUUUAGGGGUUUUGUGUGUGUGUGUUUGUUUUGUUGCUGUUGUUGUUCAUUUUUCCUUAAAAAAUUGAACAGCAGGGGAUAUUGGCAUGCAGACACCACCCAAGUGCAGCUACGUGGAUUGCUCGUUGAGAGCUGACUCAGGUGUCUUCACAGGGCACUGCACUGUGCCAUGUACUUGUCAAGGUACAGCUUUCAUAUCUGUUAUAUUCCUUAGACUUUAGGAAUCAAGAUUUAAAGAUUAAGAUUUCUACAUUCCAUCAGUGUGGAAUAUAACAAUUUUGUUUAGCAUGUGUUCCAGCCACCUGUACAGCAACACCAUUGCUCGGCAAAUACAGUCCUCAGCUCUUUAGCUUGGCUUCCUGAUUAAGGUAGUGUUUUUCAUCAUGAGUUUUAACAUGAAUUUAGUUGUUCAAAUUUUGCAUUCUAAAACCAAAGAUCUGUGAGACACAUGUUUUAAUCCUCUCAGUUACUAUUUGAAACUAUUUAAAAAGUGUUGCAUGGUUUUCAGCUUUAGCUUUCCUGCAAGAGUAUUUGUUGGGUGGAGAAAGAUCACACCACCUUGUGUACAGUGUGUUUGUGCCCUACUUCAUCACUUCCAAAGCUAUGAAAGAAAUCAACACUUUUAAUUUAGUGGAAAUCUGAACUCCUUCUUACUUCAUUCUUUUCCCAUGAUUUUGUAGUAUUGUAAAAAAUGAGAUUCAACAUUUCUUCUUAAAAGAUUUGUACUGGGCAAGGGUUGCUUAUUUGCAAACUGCAAAUAAAGACAAAAAGCUCAACACUGUACUACAAAGGGACUCUCUAUGAUAACUGCUCCCACAGAGCUUUGUAUCUGAGUAUUGGCUGCAACACAGGGAGUUGAUUUCUUGUUGUAUUCAGGCACAAAGUAGGAAUUCAACUCUUUGAUUGUAGCUUUACUAGUGUCUAGUACCUAGAUGCUAUCCAGACAUAGAAAUGGCGAAUUAGCUUUUUAAGGAUAUCAGCUGGAGGAAAAGCUUGGCUUUCAGGUAGCGCUGUGAGCUGCCUGCCAUGCCUAAGACUGUAAGGAGGAAGGGCUAAAAUGCAUUAACCAAACUGCUAAGGUAUAAAGUAAAUUCUUUCCUUAGGGGUAAAGGAAAGAAACCUGAAUUUGAUGUGAGAGUAAGCUAGUGGAGGAAUUGGUAUAACAACUACACUGAGAAGUACUUUCAACAGCAACAUCUUAAACAGAAUUGAAAGGAGAAAGACUAAUGUUAGGAAAAAAGAUCUGAAGUCCUCUGAGUUAGUCCUAAAUCUUGUUCAGUGGAAGAUGGUAGUUUUAAGGUUUUAGAAAACAACAAAGAAUGUAGAAGCCAAACUUCUCUGAAGCUUUUUUUGUAAAGUCAUGGACGAUUCCACUGUGAAGUUUUAGUCCUUUGAACUCUGUGUGGAGAUUGCCAAGAUACUUGGUGCAGUAGGCGAGGAUCAGUAGAUGAAAGGAGUUGUUGCUGAGACUUGUACUUCACUAUUUGCAGCUUAAGACUGUAUAUAAUCCGUUUCUUUGGAUAAAUGUCAAAUGGAAAAAUGCAGUUUGAAGCAGGCCAAAUAAUUGAUUCAGACUCUUAAUGUCUCUUUAAGAAUCUAGAGUGUGUGUGGCCUGUAGUUGAGCCUCCAGUGCAGUUUCCUCUAAAAUAAGUGUAGUCCUUGCAUAUCAAAAACCACUUUGCAAACUGAAUGAAGGUUCAAUAAGGAAGGGUAAUAGACAGUCGCAAACCAAAAUGUCAGUGGAGAGUAGGAUUUGUAGUAUUCCCACUCCAUCCUUACUGUCAUAAAAUUUAGUAUCUAAAGACAAACUAAAGCAACAGGCAACCUUUUUUGCUUUUCCUCGCUCUUCUGGGGAAAGAAAGGAAAGAAAGGAAAAAAAAGAAAAAGAAAUAAAAAUCAGAUAAACAAACAUUAACAUAAAACCUCUGGAAAAAUGUACACACAACUGUUCCCUGACAUCACUCCACAUUAGUUCUCUUGCCAGAUUGGGGAUGGGAUAUUUGCUGCUUAAUGUGCCUUUGUGUUCAAUGUUAGCACACCAUUCUGACAAAGAUAAGAAAAAUUGUUUUGUGGAAAGCUUGCUGGUUGGAACAAUAUGCUUCAUGUAGUCUGUGUUCAGAUGAGCACUUAUUUAUUAUAAUAUAUUUGAAUUACUGUUAUGUGUUGAUGUCUGUGCCACUUUAGAUUUUGAUUACUAAUGAAAUCCUAGCAAGUAUUGCCUGUGCAUUAUGCAGUGUUAUUUCAGUGAUUCAUAUUUGUAAGUAUAGUUCUGCACCUUAAAAUAUUGCCGUGGCCUAACGUUUAUAUUUAUUCUGUGGGUUUCAUUCAAUCAGAAAUCUUUGUAGAGGGAAAAAAAUGUAUAUUUGUUAACUGCACUGAAAAUGUUCAGUUGAGUGGACUUCAGCAAGAAGGUUGGACUCAAUGUUCUCUAGAGGUCCUUUCCAAGCCCUAACAUUCUGUUAUUCUGUGACUUCUUGUUAAGGAGAAUGUCCAAAUGACCCUAUAUAAGUCUGUGCCUGAUUAUGCAUUCAUGAAUGAAAAAAAAUUAAAAUGUCUUUGUGAAAACUCUUAUGAAUAGUAGUGUUUUAAUUUUGAAAUAUUUGCAAAUAAAUCUUUUAAAACUUUAAUUAUGAUCAUGCAAUACAGAUUAGCAAAAAUAAUUAUUGCUACAUAUUUGUUAUACCUCUUAUAUUGCUGUUAUACUGAGCAAAUAAAAUUGUCACUAUUAUUGUUUGUACAUUUAAAAACAAUAUAUAAGUCUUAAAAGGCCAAAUUUUUCAAAGAGCAUCCCAGUUUAAAAAGGAAAAGAUAUUAACAACAAUGCUCAGACAAGUUAUUUUCAAAUAUUUUAAAAACAUUUCCAUUGAAAAAAACCCAAAACACCUCAAAUGAUAAACAAACACAUAAUAAUUGGCAGAUUUUAAAAUACUGUAUUUGUAUGAAUAAAUGGUCCUGCCUUCUCUGCAGCCCUGUGUGUAGCACAGAGAUCAAGCAAUUUCUAAAAUGAUAGUGUACAAAUAGAAUGUUUGUUUCUGAUUCUAAGAAUCAAGAGAUUUUGAAAAUCUGAGAAAGGACUGUGGAAAAAAAAAGAGAUUUGAAAAAGGUAGUAGCAGAACAUGGUGUAGAAAGACGCUAGAUCAGAAGAAUGAGUUAAAAAACCCCACGACAUGUCAGAGAAAUUUUAAUAGGGAAAUUCUGAGAAAAGAAGACACGUUUCCAGCAAUGUUGCAUUGAGUAAAGGGCCUCUUUCCUUCUGAAAGCAGGUACCAAAGCAGCUACUUACAUGCUUAACACUGAAAGCCCAAAUAAUUGCAUCUAAUCAUAGCAUAAUUGCAUAACACUUUUCAACCUCUCAACUUCAAGACUUAAAUAAAAACCACCUGUAACAGUUUCAGAAGAAACCUAACACAGGAGUACCUUUUACUUUGUCUCUAUGGGUCCUGUGGAACAUUUGGCAUUGACUAGGCCUGUGCCAGCAAGAAAUCUCUGCUCCUGCAUUCUCCAAGCACCAUUUGCUGUCAUCCUCCUAGUGCUGUGGUAAUGGCUGAGUCUGACAGUAUCUGGUGUGACUAGAGUAACUGAAAACAAGCCAGUUUAAAAAUCAAAUGGUUUAGAAGUUACACCCACUGCAGAGAGCACAGCACGCUUUAAAUUAUGUAAGCCUAUACCUAAUAGUUAACUUCCAGGUACAGGGAACUUUGGCUUAAAAUUGGGAUGUUAAGCUCUUAUACUACACAUGCCACAACUUGUGCUCCUCUUGACAGAGAAGCAAGUAAAUUACAUUUGCAAAGCUCAAUGAAAAAAAAACAAACAAACAAACAAAACAAUCACAACAGCAACAAAAACAGUUAUUGGGAAGCCAGAAAACUUCAACAAUAUCAAUAAUGAUGUAUUGUGUAAAGUCAGUAGAACUAGUAGUUUUUCUGAAAAGGCAAAACAAUGUUUUUGGAGGCCAGUUUCCUGAAACUCUAGUGGAAAUUCUUUCCUGGAAAAUGUCCUGGAUCAGUGAGGUACCAUAUGACUUCUGCAGAGGCAGUCAUUUGUGUAGAAGUGAACGCAGUAGUCAUGCGUAGACUCACAUUUCCUCCCCAAGCCAAGUCGUGGAAGUGUUUAUUUGCUUUGAUUGUGGAUUUAGGUUGUGGUCUGUCACAGAAUUGGGUUUAAUUUGAAAAUUACUGUGCUGAAUGAGUGGAAUUGGGGGAAGGAUAAGGCAGUCUUAUAUGCACCCACCCUCCUAGUACUUCAACUCAAAAUACUUGCCCUAUUAGUUAGAUGUUGUUAUGUUUGCACAGCUCUUAGACUCAGUGAUUUGGCUUAAUACCUUGAGUCAGCUGGUAACAAAUAAACCAGUCCAAGAUCAGGAUGUAAGCUGUUGUGAUGGUUUGGGUGUUCCCUGUCCCGCCCCCCUCCCCCAACACACACCUUAGAAAUCACCCAGACUAGACUCGGCUGGCUCUGGAAAUAUGAAUGAAGCUUCAAACUGGUACAGCUGUGAGCAGCUGACAAAAAACAUAAAUAUGUUUUGGUUAUCACUAAAGUCACCAAAGCCUUGCUUAGCAAAGUGGUCCUAGGCAAGGCACAUUUAGGUACCAAAACUCACUGUAAAGAAGCAUUCAGAAAAAGGGGUCAAUGUUAGCGACAACUGAAGGCUUUGAUCUCUGCAUUCUGUCUGGCCUUGUGCCUUCGAAGCUGAAUUGUUCCUUCAACAGCUUUUGUUGAUGAAGCUUUUUAAAUGUGUCUGUGUGUACUCCAUAUCUGGGUAAGUAGGCAGCCUUUGCUUCAAGAUGAUCCUUUUUUUCCCAAAGGAGAGCAUAUCUCAUUGGAAUAAGCUUUAAUGAUUCUGAUCUUUGGUUUUGUUUGUUCACCACCUGUUGUGCAUAGGCUUUGGUUCUUUUGUUUGAAAAAAAUCUAACUGGAGUUACUGUUGUUGAAUUUAUCUUUUCCUGAUGGAGUUGUGUAGUUUCAAGGAAGGGCAAAGGAUGAGGAAAAAUUAUAUCUGUAAUUACUGCAGUUCUGCUUGGUUUUGAUAAUGCUGAAUGGGAAGUCAUGUGCUGUCAAAACAAAAUAAAAAGGCCUUGUGUUUCCACUA